AUGGAAAAUAAAACAGGAGAUAAUUCUUUUAACAAAGAGCUCGCUAGUUCAAAUACUUGGAGAUACUCACUACUACGAUCUAUUGCUAAUAAGUUGGAGAAAGAUAGUAAUUGGUUUGAUAUUCGUAUAUGUUGGUGUCCAAUUAUUAGUGAUACCGUUGUUACUGCAUUUAGAACAAGUGACAAUUCAGAUUUUAUGAACUAUUCUAUAAUAUUACCAUUUGAAUAUUAUGGACUGGUAAAUAUUGAACAUCUAAUAAAUUAUUAUGGAGAUAUUGAAUAUGAUUUUAAGAGUUGCGAAUCAAAUAGUAUCAGAGUACAAGUUAUAUGUGCCUAUAUUGGGUGCAACAAUGACUUGUUGUUGCAGGCAGUUUCACUUUACUAA